AUGGAAAGAGGAAACCAAACAGGAGCUGAAAACUUCAUCCUCCUGGGAUUCACAGAUGACCCUGACCUGCAGUCCCUCUUCUUUGGCCUGCUUCUGGCCAUGUACCUGGUCACUGUGCUGGGGAACCUGCUCAUCAUCCUGGCUGUCAUCUCAGACUCCCACCUGCAUACACCCAUGUACUUCUUCCUCUCCAACCUGUCCCUGGCUGACAUUGGCUUCACCUCCACCACCAUCCCCAAGGCUCUCAGGAACAUCCACACUCACAGCAAACUGAUCACCUUUGCCAGCUGCAUCUCACAGAUUUAUUUUUUUGUUUUGUUUGGAUGCCAGGAAAACUUGCUCCUGACAGUGAUGGCCUAUGACCGCUUUGUGGCCAUCUGUCACCCCCUGCACUAUGUGGACAUCAUGAACCCAUGGAUCUGUCUGCUUAUGGCUCUGGGAUCCUUGUUGGUCAGUGUCCUGGGUGCCCUGCCUGGGCCCUUGAGCAUCUUGAGGCUCUCGUUUUGCACCAACAUAGAAAUCCCUCACUUCUUCUGUGAUCUUCCUGCAGUCCUCAAGCUCGCCUGCUCUGACACACUCAUCAGUCACAUAGUGCUGUACUCUGAGACCAUCGUCCUGGGUGUCUUCCCUCUCACUGGCAUCCUCCUCUCCUAUUCUCAGAUUUUCUCCUCCAUCCUGAGAAUCUCGUCAGACAGAGGCAAGUACAAAGCCUUCUCCACCUGUGGGUCUCACCUCCUGGUGGUCUCCUUGUUCUAUGUCACUGGCCUUGGGGUCUACCUCAGUUCUGUAGCCACAUUGUCUUCUAGGAUAACUCUGAUGGCCUCAGUGAUGUACACCAUGGUCACCCCCAUGCUGAACCCUUUCAUCUACAGUCUAAGGAACAGGGACAUCAAGGUGGCCCUGGGGAGAGUCCUCAGCAAGAUGGUUCCUCACAGAGAAAGGGUCCAUGCACAUCUCUCCUGA